AUGGCCGCGCGGAAGCUACAAACCGAGAUCGAUCGGACGUUGAAGAAGGUAGCGGAGGGAGUGGAGCAAUUCGAGCAGCUGUACGAGAAGAUGCAGAACUCGACGAAUCAGACACAAAAGGAGAAGAUGGAGGCGGAUCUCAAGACGCAGAUCAAGAAGCUGCAGAGGCUGAGAGACCAGAUCAAGACGUGGCAACAGGCCAAUGAGAUCAAAGACAAGAAGGCGUUGAAUGAUGGGAGGAAAGCAAUAGAAACGCAAAUGGAGCGCUUCAAGGCUACAGAAAAGGAGAUGAAGACCAAAGCUUUCUCGAAAGAGGGUCUGAUAGCAGCCGCAAGGCUGGAUCCGGCAGAGAAGGCAAAGGUGGAAAUGGCUGCCUGGAUCUCGUCACAAGUGGAUGAGCUUGGCCGGCAGAUCGAAGCCAGUGAAGCUGAAAUCGAGCAAGUGCAAGCCGGUACGGGCAAGAAGAAGAAGGGAGCUGGAGCCUCAGCCGAGAAGACUGCUGGGCUGGAGCAGCUGAAUGAGAGGAGAUCAUGGCAUGUGGGCCGUCUAGAGAUCCUGCAUCGGAUGCUCGAGAACGGCACCCUGGAGCCUGAUCGCGUGGGGGAGAUCAAGGACGACAUCACCUACUUUGUCGAUUCGAAUGCAGAAGACGAGUUCGAGGAAGACGAGGGUAUCUACGAUGACUUCGAUCUGGACGAGCAAGAGGAAGCAUUUGGUCUCAAGGGCGACGAUGAGACUCAAGACGAUGAUGAUGAGGCGUCAGCUGCAGACGAAUCUUCAGUCUCUGCCGCGCCGGCCAAGACGCCUGUCAAGGAGACACCGAAACGUCGCGAGAGCGAUCUUGACGCGGGCAAGAAAGAUGAGAAGAAGGCGAUCCCAUCUGUUGCCACUCGCAAAGCUUCUGACGCUGCAAGAGGUGGAGCAAGUGGAUCUGCGGGCCCAUCCGACCCGAAAGCUGUGCCACCGGCAAAUUUCGCUGCUGCAAAACAACCAUCCUCUUCGCCAACUCACACGACUUCACCGACAAAGCCAACAGCACCGGCAGCUGCAACACUACCGCCGAUACGAUACGCUGCCGCCGCCGCUGCAGCUGUUGGGUCAAGCUCGGCAGCUCCGCCAGCUGCGCCUGCAAUCAGCCCGGCAGCUCCAUCGUCAGCAACACCAGCAGCAGCGCCACCGUCAACGGCAGCAGCAACAGCACCCUCAGAAGUGGCUGUGUCUCCGUCACCUGCUUCUUCAGCGCCCACAGCACCAUCGGAUCCAGCAGCGACAGCGUCUCCGGCACCCAGUCAUGCUCCUAGCCAAGUGACGAGUAUGUCAGGAGAAGAUGCCAUCUCCUCGUCGGGGCCAUCUGCACCGCCUGGUCUGAUGAGAACGCAGAGUCCGAACGUCAAUGGUAGCUCGAAGCCGAGCCCCAGUCUGACGCAUUCGAGUCUGAGGGGACAGAGCACUGCCCAAGAGAGCCCAGUACCCGAGAAUGCUGGAGCUCCUGGCUCGCGUGCAGAUGGGUCUUCCUCGUCUGCUCAACAGUUCGGUCAAUUGGCCAGUCCAGCCACACAGACCGCUGCGCCACAGGCCCCCUUCGCAGCUGCUUCGCUCGCGGGAACAUCCGGGGCAGCAGCAGCUGUGCAACCCUCGGGAGGCGCCGCUUCUGCCCAGAAGCCUUCGGAGGCUCGUCUGCCCUCGAGUCUAGCAGACUUGGUGACCAGCUUCGAGAGUGCCAAGAUGAAGUCGCUGCAUCGGGAUGAGAAUAUGCCGACGCUGCACAAGUCUCUGGAGGCGUCCUUCAUGAAUGUGCCAGAGCCUCUGGACUCGGAGAAGCCCAAGUACUAUAUUCCCAAGAACCCCUUUGCGACUCCGGGCUACUACCCUCAGGCGCCAGCACCCAUCUUCGACAACCCAUCGAUGUACUCGAAGCUUGACGAAGACACUCUCUUCUACAUCUUCUACUACCAGCAAGGGACAUAUCAUCAGUUCCUGGCUGCACGAGAGUUGAAGAAGCAGAGCUGGAGGUUUCACAAGCAGUUCUUGACUUGGUUUAGGAGACAUAGCGAGCCACAGUCCAUCACGGAUGACUAUGAGCAAGGCGUGUAUGUGUACUUUGACUGGGAAGGGUCCUGGGCACAGAGGAAGAAGUCGGACUUCCGCUUCGAGUACCGCUGGCUGGAGGACUGA